CUACCAAAAGCUGCGCAUGCGUAUUAAAUUGUCGGCAAGGUUUUCAAUUCGUGUGGACAGUUUGUGACAACUUGUUGUUUAGAGAGAACUUGAAAUAUCUGAGAGAACGGUGCGAACAAUGUCGGGAAAAUCGAAAGCAUUUACCAAAGAAGAGGAAUUGCUUCUGCAAGACUUUUCUCGCAAUGUUUCUACGAAAUCAUCGGCACUUUUCUAUGGCAACGCAUUCAUCGUUUCUGCGAUCCCCAUCUGGCUGUUCUGGAGGAUCCACUUGAUUGAUAUUUAUGCAAAUCUGAUAUCCUUCGUUUUAGUCACAUUAGCCAGCACAUAUGCACUUGCACUUGCAUACAAAAAUACGAAAUUUAUCCUUAAACACAAGAUUGCAGUGAAAAGACAGGAUGCAGUAACCAAGGAGAUGAGCAGGAAGUUGGCCGAGGAUAAGAAGAUGAGCAAAAAAGAGAAAGAUGAGAGAAUUUUAUGGAAAAAGAAUGAAGUGGCAGAUUAUGAAGCAACCACCUUUUCAAUCUUCUACAACAAUGCCCUCUUCUUGGCUCUAGUAAUUGUGUUCUCAUUUUACAUUCUAAAGACAUUUACUCCAGCUGUUAAUUAUAUAUUCUCCGUUGGCGCGACGAGCGCACUUCUCGCGCUAUUAUCAACUGGAACUCAAUAAUGUAUACAGUAUGAUAAUACGUGACUGUAAUCAUUUGCUGUGUCAGGUGGUUCUGCGAGACUCUGUAACUAAUUUUUUUAUAUGAGUGAAUGUCUACAUAUAAUAAAUUUUCUCUAUUUAUAGUAA